AUGUAAAAUCCAAACCUCUAGAUAUGCUUAGAGACAAAUAUCCUAUGUCAAAUACCCGUUUUUAUCGGAUAUGGAAAGGGAAAGAGGUUUGUACAAACACUUGGAAUUCAUCUUUAGCCAAUCCAGGGAAUGAUAUUCCAAUAUCUGUAGUUGUGGGAGAGAAAAAAAAGAGGAAAUCAAAAUCCAAGUCUACUCGCAUUUCUGAUCAGCCUUUUAUUAAUAAAGAUCUAGAUGCGGUAACAUCCUCACUCUGUAAGACGGAAAAGAUAGGCAGAAUUUCAGAAGCAAAAAAAGAAACUACACCACCUGUUACCUCGCAAGAGACUGAAGAUGUUUUGGAAUUACAUAAGAGAAACCAAAAAGAUAUAGAAAAGAUUAGAGCGAGUGGUCGUACUCUUGUCUCUAAAUUAUCUGUUCCUUAG